GAUUUCUUCCAGUACUAAACUUUCCCCAAUAAGUUCGUUUCAGUUAUUACUUUGUUAUUUUAUUGGUAACAUGGACGAAAUCCACAGCCAUAUUAGUGAAAUUCUGGACCAAGAUGGCUCUUUACACCACCAUAAUUCUGUUUUGCAUGAUGACAAAGAUAGACUUAAUCAAGAAAUUCUGGAAAUGAGAAAGGAAUAUGAUGAGUUGCUCCUAUAUUUUGUUAGUUAUAGGGCCAAGUUUCAAGAACAAGAAAGAAGAAGCUUCAAGAAGUUGAAAUUGAAUGAUAGUGGUGCUGAUGAAGAUUGCGCUUGAAAUGUUACUUAAUAAGUGAAAGCAUAUAUAAAUCCUUAAUAAAGUUAAUUUUUGUCAUUAGAAAUACUAUUUACUGGUUGUUGGUUUCUUUACAAUCUUGUUUUCUGUUGUCAUCGGAUCUUUAUAUUUCAUUUUUAUAUCUU